GGUGUUUUGAUUUGUUUGGUUAUUUUCUCGUCGCGUGCGUGUUUUUAAAGGAAAAUUACAUUUUAACUGUAAUUAAGGCUUAUUUAAAGUGCAACCAUGUCGCAACAAGAGGUUUCGUGCGGUCUGGAGUACAUAGUGGCGCCAGAUUUGCAAGGAAGUUUAACUGAAGCAUUUCACGCAAACUACUCGUUUAUCGUGACGCCGGUUGUGCACCCUAGGUUUCGGAGACAUCAUAUAGCCGAUGGGACUAGAGUAGGAGGGUUCACGCGGUCGGACAUGAUCCUUUCACCGCAAGAUUGGACGAGUAGGAUAGUGGGAAGGUUGUCUCCGUAUUUAAACGUAGAUAGUCCGAACGACGUAGUCCGACAGAGGCAUGAAGACUGUAUGAACGAGGAACUGUCUUAUUCCAAAGGGCUGGGGCUGCCGGCCCUUCUAGUGACGGUGCAUGGCGAGAAUAGCCACAACUUGGCCAGGAAUCUGUUCAGUUAUUUGGAAAACAGUCAUCACACCACAUUGAUAUGGGCUCAAGUCCCCAUGCAGUGCAGCCGGACCUUACGGGACACUGUAGCCCAAGGCCUAGAUGAUGACGAGGAGGCAUGGAACGAGCCAUGGCUGUGGUGGUCCAAGUUUCAUGAAAGACUACAAUGGGACAAGCGUGUCGGUGUAGUCUUGGAGCUUUCUGCCGACCUUCCAUCUGAGGAAAUCAUGGCGAGGUGGCUCGGGGAACCUGUGAAGGCUGUUGUACUUCCUACUAAUAUCUUCCAUAGCAACAAGAAAGGCUACCCGGUGCUGUCCCGGGCGCACCAGCAAGUCCUAAUAAGCUUGGUGGAGCGCGAGGCGCAGGUAGUGAUCCGCGGCGCGCGGCGCGCCAGCGCGGACCACUACCGCCAGUACGUGGCGCGGCUGUGGCAGCGCCGCCCCGCGCCCAACCAGGACCCCAUGAUGGAUUACGCCCGAGGAUGGGAGGACUACCUCCAGACCCCGCUGCAGCCCCUAGCGGACAACCUGGACACGCACACGUACAACGUGUUCGAGAAGGACCCCAUCAAAUACGACCAGUACCAGAAGGCCAUUACUCAGGCGCUCCAGCACUUGCUUAAGAAACGGGAAAACAGCACUUGUGAACAGAAUGAAACCAAGGAUCUAUCAGAUGUGAUCAACCGCCUGCAACUAGGGUCAGGGGACAACAAACAGUGUGCAGAAGAAAAAGAUGGUCCGUUCGUGGUGAUGGUGCUGGGGGCGGGCCGCGGGCCGCUCGUGCGGGCGGCGCUUAAUGCCUCCGAUAUUGUGCAGACUAAGAUAAAGGUUAUAGCAGUAGAGAAGAAUCCCUGCGCAGUCGUAGUGUUAGAAGCACAAGCACGGGAGUUAUGGGGCUCCCGAGACGUCACUAUAGUCCCCGGCGACAUGCGGAGGCUGCAGCUGGCGAAUAAGGCGGAUAUCAUAGUUUCAGAGCUACUUGGCUCGUGGGGUGACAAUGAACUCUCCCCCGAAUGCUUGGACGGGGCCGCAGGUCUCCUCAAACCAGACGGCAUAUCCAUCCCACACCGAUACACUUCCUACGUAGCACCCAUCUCUAGUCCGAGACUGUGGGCCGCUGCCAAAGCAGCCGUAGCUUUGACACCGCAUAAGAAUAACCUGGAGAUGCUGUGGGUCGUUUAUAUGCAGAAUAAACACGAUAUCGGGGAGACGAAGCCCGUGUUCACAUUCGAGCACCCCGCGAGGCGGGUGCGCGACCACGAGGGCCGCGGCGUGUCGGACCACCGGGGGCUCCCCGCCACGGACAACAGGAGACAGUGCACUCGCACGUGGACCGCACAACAGGACAACGUGAUGCAUGGUUUCGGCGGGUAUUUCGACUGCCAGUUGUUCGGCGAGGAAGAGAUCAGCAUAGUACCAGCCACGCAUAGCAACGGCAUGAUAUCCUGGUUUCCCGUCUUUAUCCCUAUCAAGUCGCCGCUCCGCGUAAGUGCAGGCUCCGUGAUCACGGCUCGGUUCUGGCGCUGCGUGGACCCUCACCGCGUGUGGUACGAGUGGCUCGUUGAACUUGACGGACGCUCUACCGAGCUACAUAACUCUGGCGGCAAGAGUGCAGAGAUGCUCUUAUAAUGCCACACGCUCUACAUAUGACU